AUGGCGACGAAUUCCGUCGCAAUCCCGUCGCUCAUCCUCCCUCACGCGGCACUGCCUCCUGUUCCGCCGUCGUCGUAUGUGCGAAUGGGAGAAGGGGGAAGGAGAGUUCCCGCUGCAGCCAGCGCAGACGCGGGCGGAACAGUUGGCGCAACUUGGUCGUUUCCUCCGCCGAUGCCUGCCGGGUCGAUUCCCCCCGCGGGGUUUCCCAGAAGCCCCCUGGUUUCCGGAGCGGAGAUGCCGGCAGGCGCAGUUCCCCCCGCUCCCCUGCCCGCAUGCGCAGUCCCCUCCGCUCCGCCAAACCUCUCCACGGUUCAGGUCUGCAUGUCGCCGCUGCUGAUGCCGGCGCCGCUGCAGCUACCGCAUGCGCCCCUCGCGCCGGCUAUGCAGCCGGUUAUGUCGCCGGUUAUGCAGCCGGUCAUCUCGCCGGCUAUGCAGCCGGCUAUGUCGCCGAUUAUGUCGCCGGUUCUGCGGCCGGUUAUGCCGGUGAUGCACCCGAACCUCGUGAGCACGCUCAAGUCGAUUAUCUCGUCGUCUCCCACUGAUCAGCAGAGUCUGGCGCAGGCGCAGGGGCAGGGGCAGUCGCAGGGGCAGGCGCAGGGGCAGGCGCAAGCGCAGGGGCAUGCGCAGGGGCAAGCCCAGGUGCAGGGGCAUGCGCAGGGGCAAGCCGAGAGGCAGGCGCAGGUGCAGGCGCAGGCGCAGGCGCACGGGCAGGCGGAGGCACAGGGAUGGGGACAACGGGAGGCGGGCGGACAGGCGCAGGUGUGGGGAUGGACUGCUGGGCAAGAGCAGGGGCAGGCGCAGACGCAGGCGCAGGCGCAGGGGCAGGGGCAGGGGCAGCAGCGACAGCAACCGCGGUGGUAUCUGCAGCAGCCACAGUCGCAACCGCAGUCCCCGCAGCAGCUGCCGAUGCAUAGCAUGCGACGUGUGCGAUCCCACGAGCAGAUGCGACAGCUGGAUCUGGUCAUGCGACGUCGCUUUGGCCGCUGGUCGCCGGACGCGACGUCGCGCGCGUCGCACGGCGCCUCGUUUGAGUCGCGCACCCCCGUCGUUGUGUCGUCUGCUGCGUCUGCGACGCCAUCUAUAGCUGUAUUACCCCCCUCGGCCACUGAUCCCAGCGUUACUGACGGCGGUGUAAGGAGCGGUCAUUCUGUUUCAGCGGCUCAGGCAUCCGCGAUAAGAUCAGCCUCGGUAUCGUCAGUUCGCCCAACAGCAGCAGCAACAGCAGCGGCAGCAGCAGCAGCAGCAGCAGCAGCGGCAACAGCAGUAGGGCCUGGGUUGGAAUGUUCUAUAUCACCCCCACCUCUCUCCCCAACGCGCCCCCCUCCGCAGAUGCGCCUCUCCGCGUCUCUGCCGUCCCUCCCUCGCGUGCCAGAAACUUCAGUACCUCUUGAUCUCGGCUUCGCGGAACGUUCCCCGCUUACUGCCUCCCCUGCUUCGUCCCCCACUGCUGCUCUCCCCCGUUUGCCCCCGCUUCACCGCUCCGCCGCUUCCGCGUCUCCGCGAGGGCCUUGCGCCCGCGCGCCGUCUCGCGCGUCCCCAGCCCCUCCGCUAGCAUCCCCCCCCGCAACACCUUCCUCCGCCCAGCCUGCGCGCGACCCUCCAUUCCCGGCCGCAUAUCCCCUCUCGUGCCCUCCCGCGCCCGCGUCCGCGCCAUCUACUCCCUCCGCUCAAUUCGCCUCCGCCCAGCCUCUCCACCCCGCGUGCCUGUCCGCGCCUGCGUUUCUGUCUUCCGCGCCUGCCCUUCCCCCGCCCUCCCCCGCGCCAGUAGCUGCGGAUGGGUCUUCCGCCCUCCGCACUGCUGCUUCCGCGGGCUCCCUCCCCCAUCCCCUCACACUGCCGCCCAGCAGUGUGCCGCCCAACAGCCAUCCAGGGGACACUUUGCCGCCCAAAGACUUGCCGCCCAGCAGCAUUCCAGAGAGUACCAUUUCCCCUGCCACCUUUCCCCGCCCCUCCCUACCGCCUGACGCUCCCACUCUGCUAGACUCUCUCAUUCUACCUGACCCCCCUGAGCCUGUUUCCAUCCCUGAGCCUGUUUCCAUCCCUGAGCCGCCUAUGACACAGGACGUCCCCCUUGUGCCUCCGCCGCUACCCGAUGCCACACUUCUUGACGUCCCGACUCUGCUUGACCCUCCCACGCUACUUAGCCCUCCUUCUCUGCGAGACCCCUCGGUUCUGCCAGUGCCGUCUCUCCCUGACGUUGCUGCUGUCGACCUGCCGCCCUUGGACCUGCCGCUGCCGCCCGCACUGCCGUCCGCGCUGCCGUCCGCCUUGUCGCCAGCCGGGAAAGCGACGGAGCAACCGCCAGGCAUUCCAGGAAUUGUCACUGCUGCACCAGAUUCGGUUGUAGCAGACGCGGUUGUAGCGGAUGCGGCUGUAGCGGGUUGUGUUCUAGUGAACGGGGGUGUAGCGAAUGAGGCUGUGGCAGUUGGGGUUGUAGCGGAUGGGACUGUAGCAGACGCGGUUGUAGCGGAUACAACUGUAACGAAUUCUGUUCUAGUGAACGGGGGUGUAGCGAAUGAGGCUGUGGCAGUUGGGGUUGUAGCGGAUGGGGCUGUAGCAGACGCGGUUGUAGCAGAUGCGGUUGUAGCAAACGUGGCUGUAGCAGACGCGGUUGUAACGGAUGGAGUUGUAGCAGACGGUGUUGUAGCGGAGGAAGCUGUAGCGGUCGCGGAUAUAGCAGAUGGGGCUGUAGCGGAGGUGCUGGUAACGGAUGGGGAUGUAGUGAAUGCGGUGGUAGCAGAUGGACUUGUAGCAGAUGGGCUUGUAGUAGGCGCUGGGGAUUCAGGUGGCGCCGGUGUUGCUGCUGAGGCUGCACCAAUCGCUAUGCCUCCUGAGACUACUGCAGGUACUCAGUUUCCCCCAGAACAAGGAGUCACAGACGCUAGUGCCUCAGGCUCGCUUGGCCCCUCAGGCGCUUCAGUAACAGCAGGCAUACCAGCAGCACAUUCUGGACUGGCUGUGGUGCAAGGAACAGGCCGUUUGAUCUCGGAGGAAGCAGAUAUUGCUACGGCUAAUGGCACGCCAGCGCAUGUCCCUACCGCUACUGCCAGGGGCAAACCACUGGCAGAGGGGAAAUCCCUAGCGCAAAUCCCCUCUGCCACUCCUGAUUGCACACCAGCAGCGCAUACCAGCACUGCCAGACAAGCAGAUAUCAGCACUGGUAGUGCCAAGUCAGCACACACCCCUACUGCCAGGCAAGCAGAGAUUGUUUCGCUAGACCUUAUCCACAACCGCCGCCCGUUCCUGUGCCACGUCAGCGAUUGCGGGAAGACUUUCAAAAACUGGCAGACGCUGAAAAUGCAUCUGCGAACGCACGAUCUGCCCGACUCGGUGUUUCAGGCGGCGUGUGAGGAUGCGUUGGGUCCGCGGCACGGGGGCAGCAAGGCCGGGCAGAAUAAAAAGAUUCCGUCGCGCUGCCCGGAGUGCGGGAAGACGUUUGUGGGGUUGUAUGAGCUGAGGCGGCAUUUUGGGAGGAAGCACCAGCAGGGGGAGAAGCCGUUUGUGUGCAGCAAGUGCAACAAACGGUUUUUCGUUGAGGCAGAUUUGAGGGACCACGGCAAGAUGUGUGGGCAGAUGCUGGUGUGUCGCUGCGGCAUGCAGUUUGCCUUCAAGUGCAACCUCGUCAACCACAUGCGCUCCCGCCCCCUCUGCCAACUCCUCUCCGCCGCCAACCCCAUUCCGCCCCCCGUUGCUCCCGCCACCGCUGCUGCUGUGGCUGCUGCUACUGCUGCAGCCGCUGCUGCUGCUGCUGGAACCGUCCUCUCUCCCAUGGGGUUUGUGCCGUUCAAUGCUCCUUAG